AGGCCUCAUGGAACAGAAAAGUCUACAAAUUGCCAUUGACAGUGAUCACUUAAAAACCUUGAAAAGCUAUGAAUCUUUGUUCAAUGAUGUUAUCAAUAAGAAGUUUCAAUGUGCCUCUAACCUGAAGAGUGCUAUGGAUUCUGCCAAGGUCUUCAGGACAAUGUUGUCUUCCCAGAUAGAGUUGUCUGUCUGGAAAGAUGAUCUCACCAGUCAUGGAGGCUUAGCAGUGGAGGGGAAAGACAAAAUUAAGGGAGGGCCAAUUGGUAAAAUAGUUGUGACAGGAGGAGGCCAGUUUUCCCACUCUCAGAUUAUCCAGGUUGUCAAAGAAGAGCGGAAGGUGUUAGAUAAACAAACAGGUAGCAUUCAACUUAAAGCAGAGAUUCUAAAUAUUCUGGAAUAUGUAGUCAGUGGAUCUUCUGGUAUAAAGACAGUGGCAAUCCCUGCAUUAAGCUCUGGCAUAUUUGGUUUCCCUCUGAAUCUAUGUGUAGGAAUUAUUGUGGAUACCAUUAUGAACUUUUCUGGUUAUCAAAGAAGCAAGAUCUUAAAAGAAAUCCACCUUGUGAGCAAUGAGGAACCCACUGUGGCUGCAUUUAAAAGAAGCUGUGAGGAAUUUCUGGGUAAAAACAUAUCAGCAGCCCCAUCUUUAGCUUCCAUUACCCUCAACAAUGUAAAACUCCAGAUUAUAGAGGGAUUCAUUGAGAAACAGCAGGUGGAUGUCAUUGUGAAUUGUGUACCAGAUCAAUAUUCUUUUCCAGCUGGACGUAUAUCAAAAACAAUUCUUGACCAAGUAGGAACCGAACUAGAAAAAGAUUUUUUUAAAAAAUUGUGUGAAAGAUCUAAUAUUCAAGAAUUGGUAGUAACAACAGGAUUUAAUUUAUCCUGUCAAUAUGUGUACCACCUAGUAUGGCCUUCUUACUAUGAUUUACUACUUCCCGAGUGGCAUAAGAAGAUACUAAAACAUGCAGUGAUGAAAUGCUUGGAAAAAGCCUAUCAGCAAAAUAUGAAUUCACUUUCCUUCCCUGCUCUUGGAAUUGGAACCAUCAGCACCCCCAAAGAAGAAACAAUUCAUAUAAUGUUGCAGGAAGUUUUACGAUUUUCCAGGGACUACCCAAGUAAAAAGCUUCACGUAAAUUUUGUGAUCUUUCCAAAUGACAAAGAACUAUCCAAGGCAAGAUACAUAAUUGAUUCACUUGGAUAGUGCUGCCUAAUUUGCCACUUUCUUGUGUUGCAAGCAAAGAGAUAGGGAUAGGAAUUUGAUCUAUGAUUCCAGUUGAAUCACUUUGCCUAAUUAUAAGGAAUACCUUGUUUAAGAAAUUCUCUUUAUUAACUCAGAUGGGUUGCUUUUCUGCAAUUUAUUAUCUUAGAGAAUUCUAAAAGUUUAAUAACUCACCAGGAUCUCCUGAUUAGUAUGUAUGACAGGUGGAUAUCGGACUUUAGGGAAAAUUCCACCUGAUUUGGCAUCAGAAGAAAUUUGUUCUAGUCCAGUGUUGAUUACUCACUAGCUUUGAGAUCAUGGCCAGGUUCACCUGUUU